CUCGCAUCAGAAGAGCCUUGAUUGUAGUUUUUCCUGCUUGUGAUGCCAUCCUAUUUAAUUUUGAUUUAACACGAUAAUUAAUGAAUUUAUUCAAAAAGAAGUUUUGUUAUGCAAAACAGGGGAAAAUCAACUCAAAAGAAAAUCAAUUAGCAAAGAAUUGUGUAUUAUUGCUUUGCUAAUUUUUGUCUGACUGGCUAAACCUAUAUGUCUACGUUUUUGUCAAUUUCGAGGUCUAUAUUAGGUCCUUUUAUUAUGGAUUGGUAGCUUCGGAGAAGAUUUAUUAAAAGUCUAUUGAAUAACAUCACAGCAGACAAAGGAUUUAUUUUUCUCAAAAUUUAACGUCGCAAAUUUAUUUUAAAGCUUCAGAAACAGCACAAAACUUUUCAAAUUUGAAAUUUCCGUUUGUAAAAUCUAGUACUUUAAGCAAUAAAAUAAACAAUAACAGGUGAAAUUUUAAUUAAUAUCAUUACUGCGCAAUAAUCAUUACACAAUGUCAAAACACAGUUUACUUGGUUGUCUUAGAGUUCCUAUUAUUGUUUUCUGUGGAUGUGCUGCAAUAAUUAUCAAAUGAAUCAUUUUAACAAGUUACCUGAUGAAUUAAUCAACAAAAUCUACAGCUAUUUGGAUAUUCAGUCCAUCAAGAAUUUUUCCUUAACUUUUAGAAGAUCAGCAGCAGUUUUAGCUUCAUCGUCAUAUUUGUUAAAUAAAUACUUUAAAAUUAAGCUUGAUGGUGAUUUUUGGACAAACAGAGAGAAAGUUCUGGAUGUUAUGUACUUCAAACGGUACAUGAAUGAACUUGAUAUUGCGGACAUACAUGGAAAUCACAAUGUGUUAUGUGCUUUAUUUAAGAAAUAUGGCUGUCAAAUAAUGAAGCUUAAGAUUUCCAAUUCAAAAAUUGACGAUUUUACAUUUCGGGAAAUUUUAAAAUAUUGCCCAGCACUAAAGGAACUCCAGUUAGCAGAAGUGAGUGUCAUCAAGAAGCUACCAGCUAUAAAUCCAGUAUGUAUGACAGAUCUUAAAGUCCUAUCAGUUAUUUAUUGUGAUUGGGAAAUCUUUAAAUUCUUUACGAGAUCGCAAGUUAAGUCAUUGAUCAUUAAAAGCUACCUUGAUGAAGGUAAUCGAAAGGAUCUCGUAAGAUACUUGUCAUUUCAACGUAAAUUAAAGGAAAUGACAUUACAUGGAACUGCUCUCCGAACUCUCUUUCAAAAUAAUGAUGUUCUAGGGAAUUGUUUAUACAAUUUGCAUUCACUUCGCAUUGACAACGGAAUAGGCAAGAACUCAGAUAUUGUUAACCUGAACAUCAUUACUUUUGUCAAUUUGAUGGACGAUAGUUUGAAUAAUGUCGAGAUUUGUGGACCUCACAAUGAAGAAAUGACUAUAUUUUCGUUGCUACAUUUAGAAAACGUUCGUAGUUUGGUCAUCGAUGUACGUGGCUUGCCAAAAAGUCGAGAAUUUUAUCAGCAACUCGAAAAUGAUCCAAAAAAUCCAAACCUUGAUAGUUUAAAGCUUGUUGGAUUCUUCUUUCAACAGGAAUAUGCAAUCAAGUCAAUUCUGCUUAAAUAUCCAAUGAUUCGUGAUUUAGAAAUUUAUGACUGGGGAAAUGGUCCGAUAUCGAACUUACUAGUCUUUAUUUCCCAAAACUUACCAUAUCUACGAAAUUUGAAAAUCACGGAAAUCACAAACAAUGAAAAUAUCAAGUUGAAUGCAUUGCAAAACUUAACUGUUCAAUACAUCAGAAAUGCACGAAAAUUGACUAACUUCAUUGUCAGAAAUAACUCCGUAGAGACAUUAAAUAUUGGACUCGUUUACAUCGGACAAGUCACAGAAUUCGCAAACGACUUAAAAGAUCUCAAUAGUGUUAAGCAUCUAUCAAUAGGCGGCAAUAAGACUGCUUUGAGGAAAUUGCUUACUUUGAUACACCAGGAAAAGCCUGAGAAGCUUGAAACAUUGGAACUUUCGCUCGUGUGCGAAGAGAAAAAUGCUUCACAAAAAUCUAUUAAAAUGAAAUUGCCGUUCGAUCCAUUUGAUUUGAAUAUGAAAUUCAAAGUGCUAAUUUAAAAACUUAUUGUAAUGGAAGCUCAUUGAAUGAAAUUCAGUGUGGAUUUAACGAAAUAUUUCACAAAUUAUUUCUAGACUUAUUUCCGAAAAAUGACACUUUUCAUUUAAAAAAACUUUUGUGAUCU